AUGCAUGAAGGUCUCUUUCCCAAAGAAGCGUCGUUGAUAAACACCAGUGUUUCUUCGUUCACUUACUUUCAAGCAAAUUUGGAAGUUAGAACGACAUGGCAUGAACAUCUAGUCAUUUCAAAUCAUUUCUUUCCUCUUUUACCAGACAAGAUUUUUAUUGCUGCUGAUAUUUUCUUUUUUUCCUUCUUUCUUUCUUUCUUUCUUUCUAUCUAUCUUUCUAUCUAUCUAUCUAUCUAUCUAUCUAUCUAUCUAUCUCAUGGGUUAUUUAAUGCCGACAAGAUUUUUAUUGCUGCUGAUAUUAUCUUUCUUUCUUUCUUUCUUUCUUUCUUUCUUUCUUUCUUUCUUUCUAUCUAUCUAUCUACCUAUCUAUCUAUCUAUCUUCAUAUCUAUCAAUCUCUGUUUAUAUCUAUCUAUCUAUCUAUCUAUCUAUCUAUCUAUCUCAUUUCUCUUUUUUUUCUUUUGUUACUCUUCCGUUUUUUUCCUUCGAGAUAUUGUCAUUAG